CCCAGCUUUGGCAGGGUUGUAGGGUCUAGUGGUUGGGGUGCGGGGGGGGAGGCUGGGACCCAGGACUCCUGGGUUCUAUCUUUGGCUCUGGGAGGGAAGUGGUGUAUUCCGUGCUUUGACCUCUCCAGCUCAUCGCUCCCAGCAACACGCCGAGGACCAGCGUCUGUUACAACAGCCCUGCCCCCCUUCCCUGUAACACUGGCUUUGUGCAACACCCUGCAGUGGUGAAAUGAGCCCAGAAGUCGCUUUUGCAAGCUGGUGUUCGAACACUUCCCCCCCCGCAUCCCCAUCCUGCUGCAGGCAGAGCCAUGGGCAAGGGGAGCUGCUGGCCACCUGCUCGCUGGGGUCCAGAAAUGGGCUGGUCUUAGAUCGGCCAGUGGGGUCCGCUGAGGUGGUGGUGUGGGGAGCUGGGAUCUACACAGGGCAUGGGGCAGGGGGAAGAGGAGCUGGGAUCCAGCUUGGGGACAAGGUGGGAUCUGCGCAGGGCAAGGCCUGGUCAGGGAUCUGCAAGAGGCCGUCUGCCCUGUGCAGUGCAAGUUGGGAAAGUGCUGUGGUGGAAACCAAGAUGUAGCCUGUGUCCUUCCGUCAAGCUCUGGAAGGGGAAGUGCCCGUCGCUCAGAGGAGCGGCUCAGACGUGGGACCCAACCCCACGAGGGAACUGAGCUGCCCCGGGCUAUUGACUGCUCCGGCAGUGAUAGGGGAAAAGGUCACUCCACUCCCCUGGUGCCCACCCAAUACAUAGCCAGUAGCCUCCCUCGCCUCCUAGCCAUGAACGGCUCCUGUGCCCCCCGCAACACCACGGGGGCUGUGGAGGACACCAUGCGGCACAUCGCCAUCGGCACCAACGCCCUGGUUUUGGGGCUGGGCCUGGCCGGCAAUGGGCUGGUGAUCUGGAUCACCACGGUUGGCCAGGCCGGGCCGCCCACCUUCCCCUCGGCUUGCUACCUCCACCUGGCCGUGGCCGACCUGCUCUUCUCCGCCGGGCGCAUCCCCGCCAUCGUCCAGGAGGCCUUGAGGUCCCGCUGGCCCUUCGGCCGAGCUCUCUGCAAGCUCCACUCCUUCGCUCGCUACUUGGUCGUCUUCGCCGGCGUCUUCGUGCUCACCCUCAUCAGCCUCCACCGCUGCUUGCUGGUGGCUCAGCCCGUCUGGGUCCGGAACCACUGCAGGCCCCGGCUUGGGUGUUGGCUGAUCGCUGGGGCCUGGUUCCUGGCCAUCUGCUUCAGCGUCCCUUACCUGGUGCUCAGGGACGUGGAGACCAGACACGGGGAGUCCUUCUGCGUCUACCGGAGAGACCUGCGGCGUUUCGCCGAGAUGCCCCUGAGGUUGAGCCGGUUCCUGGGCGGGUUUCUGGUCCCUUUCGCCAUCAUCGCCACAUCCUACGUGGUCUUGACUUGGAAGCUGAGGAGAAGAAGCUGGGAGGGCUCCCGGCGGACCUCCGCCUUGGUGCUGGCCGUGGUGGCUCUCUUCUUUGUUUGCUGGUUGCCCCAUCACAUCCUGGUGCUGCUGGGCCUUGGCCUACCUCCACAGCUGUCUCAACCCUGUGCUGUAUGGGCUGGUGGGGUACGCCUGGAGCAGGGGGCGCCGGAGGGGCUCCUUCCUGGGCAUCUUCCGCAGGGCCCUGGCUGAGGAAGAGGAGGGAUCGGGUGCGAUGGAGGCGUCGCAGAGCACCAGACGGACUAGCUGAGAGAAGAGGACUUGGGACCCCUGGGUUCUAUCCCCAGCUCUGGGAAGGGACCAGAAGCUGGUGGGUUAGGGCAGGGUGAGCGAGGAGUCAGGACUCCUGGAUUCUAUUUGCCAGGUCUCCCAUUAUUUCCUUGUGUGUGUGAGCUAAGGCCAAUCUCUGAAACUGUCUCUCGCCUUCUGCUUCAAUUUCUUAAUCCUUAAAUAGGGGUAGUAAUCCUUCUGUUGUCUAUUUAGACUGUAAGCACAAUGGGGCAUGGACCGUCACUCACUGUGGGUCUGUGCAGUCCCCGGCACAAUGGAGGGCUCUGAUCUCAUUCAGGAUCUGUCUAUGUUGGGGAUCAGGAGACAGAUUCAUCAAAACUGUAAGACUUUGUGUGAAUGACUCAGUUUUCUGCAGUUUCUUGACUCAAAAAAGUUUUGGAAGAAAACUUUCAAAGUUGUCCCCAGCUCAUGUUUUAAAAUGUCCAAAGUGAAAAUUCCACCUUUCUGGUCCCAAAUGCUUUUUUCUUUUUUAAAUUUAGGAUAACUUGUGUUUUUUUUUUAAAAAAUGUUUUCAAAUGGUCAAAAUUUAAAAUGAAACAUUGAAAUGAUCAAAUCAGAAUAUUUGGAUUGACUCAAAUUGAAAUUUGGUUCAAAAGGACAAAGAGUUCCCAGGAAAAGACAGGGUCCCAGGGUGCCCUGUCCCCCUCAGUGUAAUUCCUAGCGUGGGUAGACGUACCUGAGAUAGCUUUGAUGGAGGUAGCAUGCUUAAAAUAGAUGAUUUAGCCACAGCUGCAGGGGCUGGCUGCCCUGAGGAUGUACCUAGCGUCUGGGACAGGAUCACACCGCUGGGGCUACACCACUAGCGGGUGGCGGGGGAGUGUCUCCCCGAGCUGAGAAUCUCACUUCCAGCUUCAGUGUCGACGGACCCCGACUGGUAGAAGGCAGGUGACGCCUGAAGCGUUGCCAAGGGAGAUGGUUCAUAAUUUCCCAAUGGAACAGUUUCCCAUCAGAAAACACUGAUUUGAGAACAUGGAGACGUUUCGGGGGGGGAUCAAUUUUUGUCGGAAUUUUUGAAGCAAAAUUAUCAAAAUGUUAAGGCCGAAGCAUUUUAUUUUGUCUUGAUUGUGUUGAUUUUUAUAUCACUAAUAUCAAAGGAGGGUUGGCAGGAUUCACAUUGUAUUGGUUUAUAACAUCGUUUGUUUUUAAGCACACUGUGUUUUAAGGUUUGUUUUUAAGCCCACUCUUUAGACCGUUUUUGAUCAACUUCACCUCUCACAGUCACAGGGAAUUAUGUGGAGGGAGGUGAGACAAUAACUAUUUAAGAGCAGUAGCAUAUGGGAUUCACAGCUUUAUAACCGUUCAAACACAAAUCGUCAACAUCACAUGACAGAAUAUACAAAGUAAAUCACCUUCAACCAAACUCAAAGAAGGUCACAAGUGGGGUUUUUCUUACUUUGCCCAUCUGUAAAUUUCAAUGAUUAUCCAUGAAAAUAUGUUUUGGUGUGUGUGCAGUGAAAUUGACGGUUACCGACAAUGGCCGAUAAAAAUUGAAUCCUUCCCAGCCUAAAUAAAUUACAUCUGCAUAGACUCAUAGAUUUCAAGGCCA